CGCGACAACCAUGGCUUUUUUAAAUCAAAGCCCCUACAUGGCAACGUUAUCUGGAGGAAUGGAACAAGGAAAAAUCCAUAAACAGAAAGAUUCCACUAAAUCGGAAUAAUUUGCCAAAUGUAGCCAUUUCAGCCAUCUUUAAUGUUUUAAUUGCUGUUAGAAUCAUUACAGGAAAUAUAUUCUGUGAAAUGGCCUGGAAAUCCAAAGCUUGGUGAAGGGAAACCUGAAAAUCAAAAUCAUGCUAUUAUAUUUACACGUGGAAAUGCAAUACAGACCAUUGAUAUGAUUCAGGAUAAUUACUUUGAGGAGGCUUUGAAGGUGAGAAAUUUUCUUGAAGAAUUUUACCGUGACCAUGGAGUUCGCCCCCCUACUAUUCUUGGUGUUACGGAGCAUGUGUUUACUGGAAGUGUUUCUUCUUUAGCAUCCUUCAUGUCUAAUCAGGAAUCUAGCUUUGUGACUCUUGGCCAACGUGUUCUAGCAAAUCCUUUGAAGGUUCGUAUGCAUUAUGGUCAUCCAGAUGUCUUUGAUAGACUAUUCCAUAUAACUAGGGGUGGUAUCAGCAAAGCAUCUCGCGUCAUAAAUAUUAGUGAAGAUAUUUUUUCUGACGACAUACAAGCUGGAAAUUUACAGCUUGAGUUGCCUUCCUCCACCUCUGGUCUCUGCUCUUGCUACUACGACAGCACAUGGAAUUCCUUGUGGCGUUGGAGGAAUUCCUAGCUUUGAGAUGCUGCGGCCUGUCUAAUCCGGAACCCAUAUGUUGGAGUAUAUUUUGCCAUGGAGUAGAUCUUCUAAAACUAUGUUGAAAGAAAUAGAUAAAAAUGAAGGGAGAAAAAGAAUAACGGAAAAAGAAGAUGGCAUGUACAAAUCUGAUGUAAGAAGAAGAUUCGACAGGGAAGAAUGAAGAAAGAAUGAAAAUGUGAUGGCUGU